UCUAUUAGUGCGGCAGGAAAACCCGCAGCCAGCAGAGAUUGAAUGUGUGCUGGAGAACCGUAAAAGGAAAUUAUUAAAUAUGGGAUUAAGAACCAUCUGUGAAUCGAUUUCGGAUUAAAGGGCACAGAUCAUGGAGACGCGUUUGCUGUUUUGUGGGAAGCUGAGAUGCGCGUUUUUUUGGUAGACCUGCAAUCGCCCUAGUCUUUUCGGCAUUUGACGGCUAUGCCAGAGAAUGGAUGAAAAUUUCAAGCGGGCAUAGCGCAGUUGACUUUGUUUUCCUAUCCGGAUUUACAUCAAAACCAAAUGCGGCUGAUUGCCAUAGUUCUCAGAAACGUUGCAUAAUAAUCUAUAUUAGGUACCAGUCGGCAAAUCCUUAAUUUCCAAGAAGCACAAACAAGCAAAUUUAUUGCACUAAAUUCCUUUGGUGGGAUGUCAUCGGUUUUCAUUCCCUAACUGUCAAGCCGCCUAUUUCGGAAGACUUGAGCAAAUAUUUAUUUUAAAAUAUAUAUCUUACUAUGGGUGAUGCAGCAGAAUCCAAGGAAACCAAAAAGACAUUUAUUGUUCCGGCGAUAAAGCCAUUUGACCAUUAUGACUUUGGCAGGGCUAAGAUCUGCUGUAGUCUGACAUGGCUGGUGGCAAAAGCAUAUGGGGCAGACAGCAUCCCGGCCGACAUGAAGGAGCCCUUCUACACGGACCAGUACGAGCAGGAGCACAUGAAGCCGGCAGUGGCGGAGCUGAUGCUGUCAGCGGAGCUCUACUGUCGGGCCGGGAGCCUCAUCCUGAGGAGCGACACCGCCAAGCCCCUGCUGGGUCACGACGCCGUCAUCCGCGCGCUCGCCCAGAGGGGCCUCUAUGUCACCGACCAGGAGCGGCUCGUCACCGAGCGCGACCUGCGCCAGAAGCCCAUACUGCUGAGUGCCCACCUGGCCAUGAUUGACAGUCUGAUGAUGGCGUAUACGAUGGAGACCGUCAGCGUGGAGAAAGUGGUGUCCUGUGUGCGGCAGUAUGCGUCCCUGUAUCCCGACAGCGAUGUGCCCUACGACACGGAGGACGCAGUGGCCAGCUGGAUUAACAAGGUAAACGAGUAUCUUAAAGACAUCAUUGUCAACGAGCAGAAGAUGAGAGAGAGCCAGUCCUCGGAGCCUUCCACUGGGCCACGGUCUCCCACCAAAUGGUACUGGAAACUGGUUCCUGCCCGGUACAGGAAGGAGCAGGCCCUGCCUAAGCAGGCUCCUUGGAUCCCAGCUGUGGACAAUCUGCUGAAGGACUGUGCCGAUGGCUGCGCCUUGGCCGCCCUGCUACACUUCUACUGCCCUGACAUAGUCAAGCUGGAAGAUAUAUGCCUGAAGAAGACCAUGUCAUUAGCAGACAGCCUGUACAACCUGCAGCUGAUCCUGGACUUCUGCCAGGAGUAUCUGAACCGCUGCUGCCACUUUACCCUGGAAGAUAUGCUGUACGCUGCCUCCUCUGUUAAGAAUAACUUCCUUGUAUUUAUGGCCGAGCUGUUCUGGUGGUUUGAGGUUGUCAAGCCCCCGUUUGUGCGACCCCGAGUUUUAGAUCCUGAAGGCCCAGAACCGAGCCCUGUGUUGAAAAGCAUGCCUUCUGUAACCAUCUCCAAUGUGACCAGGAGAAGCUUUAUGGAGAAACCUCCCCCAUCAGAUAGACCCAGUUUGCCACUGAAACCACAACCUCAGUCAUCAGCAUCAGGUGUAAUCGCACGAUCAGCCUCGAUGUCUCUUGCAGAUGGCUCUGUGGGAGCAUGGCCCAAAGAGAAAAGAUCGUCUGCGCAGGCAGUAUCUUUUGACAUCCCUCUAGAUAAAGAGAACACGAUUCAAGCAUCCACACCCCCUGACCCAGGGAUGAACAGGUCCAUUAGUACGGAUGGGUUAAGCUUCAAGGUCAAUUAUACGUCCAGGAGUUUGAAAAGAAACCUGUCAUUCCAGCCUGUGAAUGGGUUGAGCAAGACAGAGGGCAUCGAUGAGGAAGAGGAGUAUCCGGGGAGACCUCACUCCGAGACGCAACCAAGAACACCCCAUCCCAGAAACCAGCGGGACGUCCCUAAUGGACAGGCCCUGGAUGAGCAUGGAGAACUCGUAGCCACUCCCAGCAUUGAAGAGGCUCUGAAAAUCAUCCACGAUUCUGAAAAAUCACAGAACAGCUUUCACGAUGACCAAGAAAACAAUGGGUUCUUUCUGCACUCUCAGGACAGAGGAGCUCUGGCUUCCAGAAUGAGGACAGACAAUGGCAAUUUCGACUCAGUGUCAGAAUCGAAGGGGGCUGUAACUCCAGACACUACAGAGGUUGAUACUGGGAUCCAUGUGAAGACGGAGGACAUUCAAGAGACCCUGGAUGAAGAUUCAUCCCUGAGGGACUACACCAUGAGCAUGGACCUGGAUAUGGACCAUGAUUAUGAUACGAGAGCCUGCCCCCAAGACACUCCCAGCCCUAGCACCAGUCUGAUAAGUGGGAAGUCCCCAGCUGGAAGCACAACCUCCACCAGUUCUGGGGUCAAAAUGACAAGCUUUGCUGAGCAGAAGUUCAAGAAGCGAAACCAAAUUGAGGGUAAAAGUAGUGGAGGCAGCUCCCAGAAAACCACGCCAGAGAGCGCCGAGAUCAAUGUGCCACACAUGGUAUCCUGGGCAAUAACACCCCAGGCAAGUCCCACGCCCCAGUCGCCAAAGGAUCCUGCCCAGGAAAUGGCAUCAGAGAUGGUGCAGCUGAAGAUGAAGCUGGAGGAGAAGCGGCGGGCCAUAGAAGCCCAGAAGAAGAAGGUGGAGGCAGCUUUCUCGCGGCAUCGGCAGAGGAUGGGAAGGUCUGCGUUCCUCACUGUCGUGAAGAAGAAAGAGGAAGGUGCCGUUACAUUCAGAGAGGAAUCUGUAGAGAUUGAAGACGGCAAGCUUUCUGCAGACCCUCAGUCCCAUGACCAAAACCUACAAUUUAGGAUUGGCAAACUGGAUGUUCCUGAUGGUGCUGAACAAAGUCAAGCCAGAUUGUUGAAGUCACCCAAUGAAGACGGCUUUGGAGAGGCAGAUCUUCUAGAGUACACCAAGUCAAUUGAGAAGCUGAAUGUCUCACUCAACUUCCUGCAGAUGGAAAUGCAGCGGCUGGCCCAGCAGCAAGAAGUAAUCAUGCAGAUGAGGGAACAGCAGUCCUGUGUAAUCUCUCCUUCCCAGCCCUCCCCUCAGAAGCAGAUGCGGGAGCUUCGCCAUGCCGCACGCUCCUCAGGGUCACCAUCCCCAGCAGACUCUCCUCACAUCACCCACCUAUCGCCAACUAACAUCAAGAAGAAGUCCGCUUCCUUCCACUCGAAAUCCCAAAGGACUCCAAGGCCCAGCGAGCUGAAGAUUACCCCUUUCAAUCGGGUCCUUACUGUCCCACAGUCGGUGGACAGUCUCCCACGCUUACGGAGAUUCUCCCCCAGUCAGGCCCAGGUGAGCUCCUUUGCCUACCUGGGAGAAGACGCUAAAACAUCAAUGGCGACUGAGGCCACAGAGAAAGACCUACAUGAAGCUAAGCCUCAUGGUGUUACAAAGAGCCUACCAGCGUCUCCAACCAAAGAGCUUCGGCCAAAGCAAUUCAAGCCCAUAGAAUCGACAGUGUCUGAGGUCCUGUCGCAGCCCAUUACAGAGACCUUCACGAUUACCUCCUCUGGAAGUCCAGUUGAUCUAACUGCUCAGAGCACAAGCAAUCUGAUAGAGGUGCCGUUGUCUGUGCUGAAGCCAGUGGAUGGACAGAUGCUAGAUUACAGCAGAGAAAGAAGUGGGGACGUCUAUGAGGACGACCAAAAGAUGUGCUGUGGGUUUUUCUUUAAGGACGACAUGAAAGGAGAGGAUGGCAUGGCAAUGAAGCGGGCGGCGCUGUUUGAAAAGAGGCAGAGGAGGGAGAGAGAGACGCAGCAGAAGAAGCAGCAACUGGAAGCGGAGAUGGAGCAGAAGAAGGAAGAGGCACGGAUGAAAGCUGAGGAGGAGCGUCAGAAGAAGGAGGAGGAGAAGGCACGCCGGGAGUUCAUCAAGCAGGAGUACCUCCGGAGGAAGCAGCUCAAGCUGAUGGAGGACAUGGACACGGUCAUAAAACCGCGUCCAGCCGGCAGCAAGCAGAAGAAGCCCCGCCCCAAAUCCAUUCACAGGGACAGCUUGGAGUCCCCUAAGGCAGGGGCAGGUUCACGGCCCCGUGUCUUUUCAGUCUCCAGUCUAUCUUUGGCUUCGCUUAACCUGGGAGACAAUGCCAGCGUGCAGUCUGACAAGAGGAGCCCCAGAAGAAGUAGCUUAGCCUCAGGAAACCUUUGCUUCUUUUUGAGCCCCACAGCAGUGAAAAAUUCAAGGUCUGAUUCCGCGGAUGGGUUCCUAUCUCCCUGCCGAACCGGAAGUCGCAACGGAGAGAGGGAAUGGGAAAACGCCUCCACAACUUCGUCUGUGACCUCCAACACGGAGUACACCGGCCCAAAGCUGUAUAAGGAGCCAAGUGCCAAGUCUAACAAGCAUAUCAUCCAAAAUGCUCUUUCCCAUUGCUGUUUGGCUGGUAAGGUUAACGAGGGCCAGAAGAACAAAAUACUGGAGGAAAUGGAGAAAUCGGAGGCCAACAACUUCCUGAUUUUGUUUAGAGACUCGGGUUGCCAGUUCAGGUCCCUUUACACGUACUGGCCUGAGAUGGAGGAGAUCACAAAGCUGGUGGGCAUCGGGCCAAAGAGCAUCAGCCGCAAGAUGAUUGAGGGAUUAUACAAGUACAACUCAGACCGGAAGCAGUUCAGCCAUAUCCCGGCUAAAACCAUGUCGGCCAGCGUUGACGCCAUUACAAUCCACAGCCACCUCUGGCAGACCAAGAAGCCGGGCACACCCAAAAAAGUAUCCAUCCAAUCCUAGUAUAACAAAUCAUUUUAUUGGUUAAUUUAUUUUUUAAAUCCAGGAACAUUCACAUUCAUUUGCACUUCACUGUAUCCAUGACGACGUACCGCACGCAAUUCCAACAACAAUAAUUGAGAAACACUUAUUUCGUUCCUCUCUCUUUUCAACGUGAACACAACUCUGCUCAACUUAUGCACAACUGGAAUGUAAAACGCAUUUUUUUAAGGAUAUCCAUCAAGUAUGAGAAAUGAUUAACUCUAAUUGUAUUAUAGUACAUGUGUGUUGGAGGUUUUUUUCGUAAGUGCCAAAACCCAGCAUUUGGGUAUAGUGGUGAUUUUUGUUUGGUACACUGAGCACUGAACGCUUUUCGUCUGUAUGGAGUAAGCUUACUGAUCUUUUUUGGCAUCUGUGGCCUUGUGCUUGUUUGCGUUUGAAUGUUGCCUUGACAAGGCGUUAAGUUAUUCCAUAAGAUGACUUCCAAUACAGGUCAAGUUUCUCUUUUUUUGUAAUUAUUUAUAUUUUUUCAGAUGGUCUGGAGAUUGGGGGCCAAAAUAAAUCACAGAUGCCGUGUUUUCUAGCUUGCUGGAAAAGGGUAGAAAUAUGGACUUCGUAUUUUAUUUAUCUGCGUUUAAGGCUUCUAAGUCAUGUUUUACUGACAGGGAUACGCAGCAGCCAUCCGUUUGUGCAGAGGCUGACUGGUACAUAACACUUUUGAUUCUGUCUGAAUCGACUUCACAGGCUAAAAUAUUUAGUCAUUCACAUGAAUAAUGCUACAGUGUAAUGUCUCUUACCUAGAGUGGCACAGGAAUCUGUUAUGUGCAUUAGGUUAUCAUCAAUUCCCAGCUAUGUCUAGAUGAACCCUUUACAGGUGUUGUUUACCAUCCCAAAAUAAUAUGCUGUCACCAACUCCACACAGAAAAACUUCAUACUUCCUAAUUAGUUUGGGGAAACUGGAUUAGAAUCCUUGCAGACAAUUUCAAUUCAUAUCAAGCACCGUGAUUCGUAAGAAUAUAUCUAAUCAUUAUUUCUUCAGGGUUGUAUUUAUCUAAAAUAUUUCUUAUUUAUCAAAUAAAAAGUUGUAUUCAUUUUCAGCUUAAAAAUAUUUUAAUUUCGUAAAGGUUUUGGAAUGUACAUUUUUGGUAUUUCCAGACUUAUUUCCUUUUUGAAUUACAUGGUCUUCCAGGAAACAUGUUCAUGUGGAGUUGUUUACAGAAGGGAAAUGACACACAUGGUAUGCAAAGCAGAAGUACAGUUUGCAGAUUCCUGUUUUGCCCAUAACAUUCACCACCUAAGAUGUUCUGUUUACGCUGUUUUAUAUGUUUGAUUGCUUCUCAUGUGUAUGUAUAGUUGAAUUGUGUUUUAUUCCUGUUAUUGUAAAUAUGUCAAGGCAGUCAGUAAUUUUCUUGUAUAUUUGUUCGGCAUCUAUCAGAGACCACUGUUUUCAUCUUGUCUUAUUUCAGGAUGAAUAGCUUUAAUGUAAUUUUAAUUAAAGGGGCUGUCGUCAGCUUUUGCUACUUUUCCCACUUUCCCCACGAUCAACACUUGUUGUGUUACAGAUGUAUAGGACAGAUUCUCUAUAAUACUGAUCCCUCUACCCUUUGCAUGAAGACAUAACCUUAAAAAUUAAAUUGAAAGUGUUCAACUAACACUGGCGAAAUUUCCAUCAUUAACUUUACAUGAGUGAGAUGCUUUGAUAAAAUUUUUAUAUAUACUGACCUUCAUACCAGUUAAAUUUCCAUUUAUCAGCUAAAAGAAUGUAUUGUUUUUGUAGAUUUACCUAUUGCACAAAGAAUUGAUUUUUUAAUUAUAUAAAGAAUUUUACACUUUAUUUAAGAUUGUUGCCAGAAAUAUCAGCUUUUCCCAUCUUUUAUCAGCUAAAGUGAUUUGAAUUUUACAAACUUUUACAAAUAAUAUUUAUCCAGUAAAAAAGAAGUUUACAUUCCAUCGUCUAGUGGCAAAAGGUGCCAACAUUAAUUGCAGGACAUUCUGGUAUAGUGAUGCGGGACUGGACCAGAACGGUUCCUAAAGCUGACCUGCUGUAUUUCCUGUAACCCUAAAUACCCCCACAAACGGUCUGGUGCUUCAGCUGGAAGAUACAUUUAUAGAAGUGUCGUACACGCUAAUCGCGAGUGCUUCUAAUCCAGGCAGUAUGUAUAAUUGCAGCCUCUGUGGUACAUGGUUGGUAUAUUUGGAUUUAUUCGGCUGUUUAAAGCCGAGAAUGACGACUAUUGUAAAUGAGAACGAUUGGGGAUUUUUAAGGUGAUCUGUGAGCUCAUGUCCGUCAUUAUGAAGCAUCGCUUCACCUUUUUCUUUUUAGACGCUGUGCUGUCAAAGUGUCAACAUAUUGCUGGUAUUUUUUUUUUCUUUGCAUUAAAUAAAGUAAGCAUGGCCUCAA